AUGCUCCCCGGGGUGGGGGUGUUCGGGACGGGCCUGACGGCGCGGGUGAUGAUCCCGCUGCUGCGGGCCGAGGGCUUCUCGGUGGAGGCGCUGUGGGGCGGCACGGCCGACGAGGCGGCCCAGCUGGCGGCCGAGCUGGCCGUGCCCUUCCACACCUGCCGCAUCGACGACCUGCUGCUCCACCACGGCGUCCACCUCGUCUGCAUCCACCUGCCGCCGCCCCUCACCCGACAGAUCGCCGUCAAGACCCUCGGCAUCGGGAAGAAUGUUAUCUGCGACCGCACGGCCACGCCCCUGGACGCCUUCCGGAUGAUGUCGGCGGCCCACUACUACCCAAAGCUCAUGAGCAUCAUGGGUAACGUCCUGCGCUUCCUGCCCUCCUUUGUGCGGAUGAAGCAGCUGAUCGAGGAGGGCUACGUGGGUGAGCUCCUGGUGUGCGAAGUACAGGUGCAUGGCAGGAGCUUGCUGGGCAAGAAAUACAACUGGAGCUGCGACCACCUGAUGGGGGCCGGGGGCCUGCACUCGGUGGGCACCUACAUCAUCGACCUUCUUACCUUCCUCACCGGCCAGAAGGCGGUCAAGGUCCACGGGCUCCUCAAGACCUUCGUCAAGCAGACGGCCCACAUCCAGGGCAUCCGCCAGAUCACCAGCAAUGACUUCUGCACCUUCCAGAUGGUGCUGGAGCAGGGCGGGUGCUGCACAGUGACCCUCAACUUCAACGUGCCCGGAGAGUUCAAGCAGGACGUCGCGGUCGUUGGCUCAGCCGGGCGGCUGCUGGCGGCCGGCACGGACCUCUUCGGCCAGCGGAACGGGGCCCCAGGCCAGGAGCUGCUCCUCCAGGACUCUGCCCCGCUCAGCAACUCCCUGCUGCCGGAGAAGGCCUUCAGCGACAUCCCCUCGCCCUACCUGCGGGGCACCGUCCGGAUGAUGCAGGCCGUCGGGCAGGCCUUCCAGGGCCAGGACGACAGGCGGACCUGGGACGGGCGGCCCCUGACCAUGGCCGCCACCUUCGAUGACUGCCUCUACGCCCUCUGCGUGGUCGACACCAUCAAGCGGUCCAGCCAUAUGGGGGAGUGGCAGAACAUCACCGUCAUGACGGAGGAGCAGGAACUGAGCCCGGCCUACCUGAUCAGCGAGGCCAUGCGGCACAGUAGGAUGUCCCUCUACUGCUAGCGUCGCUCUGCUACUCGCUGGAGGGAGGCCGGGAUGGGGGUGGGAAAUCGGAGGGGCACCGAAGCCUGGGCAAGACGGCCUAAGGGCUGGGCAACCGGCAACCUCAAACUGUUGGCCUGGAAUUCAGGGCCGCGGCUUCCGCAUUUAGGGCCCCGCCUCCAGCUCUGGACCCUCCUCGAUGGGAGGCCUAGGUGACUCCACUCCUUUUACUGCAAAAGGCAGGAUGAGUCUGCUUCUUCCCGCCUUCCCUGUUUCUCCCCAAUUCUUUCCUCCUGGCCUCCCUUCACCUCGGAAACCAGGCUCAGGGGCCUGACCCCUCUGCUCCCACUCCAGGCACCACAUAGCAGGCAGGGUCUUUUCCCUCACACCCAGAUUAGGGAAGUCAGCCCCCAAGGGUUGGUCCCCUAAUCCAUGUUGGAUCUGGUCUCUCUGAGUGAAUGUCUGAACACAACUUCAUAACUUUUCCUUUACUGCCAAGCUCUCUUGUCUUCUCCCAACCCUUUGCCCAGAAGGGAGAAGAGAAAUCCAGAGAGAUGGUGGGAGGCAGCCCCGGCUGGGCCAGGGAGGCUAGAAGGUAAUGGGAAGUAGUCGGGGCAUGGGGAGGGGCGGAAUUAAUCCCUUUCAAAUGGGAUGACUAUUUGAAUUUAUCUUCCUCUGACCACCCCGACUGGGCUCUAGGGUCUCGGUUUUUCUCCCCUCUGGCCUUUUUGUGCUAGAUGUGAAGAUAGCAGCAAACAAAUGUAAACCAAGAACUUCUUUCGUCUUGCACUGGAGCUAUGGGAAUGCCCCUUCUGGAGGAGAAAAUGACUGACAACAGUGGGUUUCCUCAUUGCCCCCUUUGGCAGUGUCAUCUCCCUUACACCCAGAUUAGGGAAGCGGACCCCCAGGGUCGGUCCCCUAAUCCAUGUUGGAUCUGGUCUCUCUAGGUGACUGUCUGAACACAACUUCAUGACUUUUCCCUCACUGCCCAGCUCUCUUCUCCCAGACAGAAGAAACUCGAGGCCAAUUAAAAUACAAAUCCAAAAGAACAUUUUCUUGUAUUCUCUUCUCCAACCUAAUGCACUCCCACUAAAUCUCUGUUCCGAGUGGAGGCAAACUUUAGUUCAGACUGCGCAUAGAAACAGCUGUCCUCUUUGACCUGUAAUGGAGUUUUAGACACUCUACUGAAUCUGACUUCUAAAGCUGGAUGGGACUACAAGAGGUCAUUUGGUCCACCUCUGCCUCCAGGCGGGAGGGGGGAGAACGCUCAAGUGAUAAUACAAUCAGAUGCCUCCCAAAGCUCAAGAUAAUGUUACACCAGAAUAUAGAUUUCAGAAUCUUUGGAUUCCAAAGGCAAUUUUAGCUUGUUUUAAGUGGAAAGGGACAUAGAUUUAGAAGCGUGGAAGUGAUGAUUGCCCUGCGUCCUCGUACUGAGGUGCAGUCAAUCAUAUUUCUUGAGCACGUACUGUGUGCAGAGCACUAUAGUAAGCACUUAGUACAGCACUCUGUUUGCCAUGCUCUGCAGUGGUUUUCCGAUUCAGACAGCUGGGGUUCACUGACCUAAAGAUGUGAGAUGUAGCCCUCUGGCUUCCCUUCCUUCAGUGAUCAACUCCAAAUUGAAAAUGCAAGGACAAGCUUAGUGGCAGUAACAAUCCUCCAAAUAUUUAGCACCCUUCCAUCCCCAGGUUCAUUUACCAGGUGCUGGAUUGGCAGCAGUUUUGAUCUUCAGGCAGAAGGUUGGAGGAUGAGAAUCAAAAAGAUAUUAAGCUGGUGAAAGGGGGUGAGAAAAAGAACUAGAUCUCUCUGUGUCAUGGCAUUUAGGAACAGAGAUUAUUCUGUGGGGGCGGGAAACAGUUCGAUGUUCCUAUAUGAAUCAUCGCACGUGGGAGAUUUUUUUCAAAGGCCAUGCUGAGUUAAUUGGUAUAAAAUUCAUAUCCCUUCAGCUGCCUGAGACUUCUGGGAGAAGAAGCAUGGCCCAGUGGAAUGAGCCCAAGUCUGGGAUUCAGGAGACCUGAGUCCUA